AUGCUCUGCCCCGCCACGUCGACGACUGACGUGGCAGGUGGACGAUUUAGAUAUGGUUUGGCUGGCUGAUGGUUAUGGUCGGUCGGGAGAUGAACAGCAGCUCGCUCGAAAGACAACAGGUAAGGCGAGCGUGAACUAACACGACGAGGUUGGCGAUAUGAUAGUUUGGAAGUAAACCCCCUGCCACUGGUAGUUUCACUUUCAUACCUUCUUUAAAGUGAUGAUCUUGAUGAUUCCCAGAGCUCCCGAGCGACGAAGAGGCGAGUCCUUGGGCUAGAUUAUGUCUCUCGUAGCGACCUACUCCGCCCCAAUCUACCGAAACCUCAACCCCACAUGCUCCUCUGAAUCCAACCCAAGGCGUGGCUUUGGCACCAGAAAGACCAACAAAAUCUCCAAGGACAGCGAUCCCUCCUCCCAAAAGAGGAAAUCCACGCUCGAUCAGCCUGGUCCUCUACCUAGUGUGGCACCUGGUUUAAGCUCCAGAUACGAUGGGAACAAUAGAAAAAGUACUUCUGCCAACCUUGAGUUUGAGGAACGGCUGAAAGCAGUUAGAAGGUCAGCGAUCGAGCAGAAAAAAGCAGAUGAAAUAAAAGAAUUUGGAGCUAUUGACUAUGAUGCACCGACUGAGACAGAUGAUAAAACCAUUGGACUUGGCACAAAGGUUGGAGUUGGAGUAGCAGUUGUCGUCUUUGGUUUGGUUUUCGCUCUUGGAGAUUUUCUUCCGUCCGGAAGUGAUAGUCCCUCUGAAGUAGCAGUGGUGGCCAACAAACAGCUCUCAGAAGAAGAAAAAGCUACUCUUCAGAGAAGGCUGGAAGAGUUUGAAGCCACACUUUCUACUUCUCCAAGAGAUCCCACAGCGCUUGAAGGAGCGGCAGUAACAUUAGCAGAACUAGGGGAGUAUACUAAGGCAGCUGCUCGGCUGGAGGAUUUGACUAAGGAGAGAUCUACUGAUCCUGAUGCUUUCCGUUUACUUGGGGAAGUCAAAUUUGAACUCAAAGAUUACGAAGGGAGCGCUGCUGCAUAUAGGAGUGCAAGCAAGUUGUCCACAGAUAUCAAUUUUGAAGUUCUGCGUGGCCUUACAAACGCACUACUUGCUGCCAAAAAACCAGAUAAAGCUGUUCAAGUACUCCUGGCCUCUCGAGACCUCAUGAACUCAAAAAAGGCAAAUGUUGAGGCAGAUAGCAGUACAACGAAAAGAAGUAAGCAGAGCGUGGAUCCUAUUCAAGUUGGUUUACUUCUUGGGAAAGCCUAUUCAGAAUGGGGCCAUGUUAGUGAUGCAGUAUCAGUUUAUGAUGGGCUCAUCUCUAGUCACCCUAAUGAUUUUCGGGGAUACCUAGCAAAGGGGAUUAUAUUGAAACAGAAUGGUAGAGCUGGAGAAGCAGAGAGGAUGUUUAUACAGGCACGAUUUUUUGCACCGGAGAAGGCCAAGGUGCUUGUGGAUCGUUAUGCUGGACAGUGAGCGACUUUCUCCACUGCCUUCACUUGUUAGGAACAGGAGCCUUGACUCAGCUUGAUAGUCCAUUUGGCUUUAUAGGAUUGUGUAGACAUGAGUUAGAUGACUACCUGUAUGACUUCAUUGAGUUGUUUUAUAUAAUAAGGGAGAUUAACAAGAUUUCCCCUUACCCAAAAAAAAAACAA